CAGAACGGCAUUGUUUACGAAGAAGCCAAUAUUAGGCUCUUACCAUGUAAGGCAUUGGAAGGUGAGGGCAAAGUGAUACAAUUAAAUUUGUCCGACAUUCCCUUUUUGCCCAAAGACGAUAUACUCAGCGGACUCACCCAAACUUUACAACAUUACGGCACGGUUCUAGACGUCGGUCUUAAAUAUGAUGCAACAUGGCGAGUGUUCAUGGGUGCCGGAUAUGCAUUGAUUCAACAGACUCCUGAAAAGAGUUACCCACAGUUAUCUCAUACUUUAACAUGGGAAGAGGGAGGCUAUUUUUGCCAUGCUACGUUCCCCGACAUGCCCACUUGGUGCAGAUACUGUCAUGCUGAAGGACACACGAAAUAUGCUUGUCCUAAAGCUCUCGCUAGUAUUACGUGUUACUCUUGC